AUGAUGACUGGAAUAGGUGGUUACCUGGCUUUAGCUAGUUGCUGUCGACAGCUUGCUUUCGCAUCUGGAACCGCCAAUUCAGUUGUAGUUGUUCCGAGUUCACCGCCGUCAAAUGCAGCUCCACCUAUUUUAGAAGCUUUCAUCAGCUACUCCAUCGAAUUCGUCUUCUUCCCCGACUUCGCCGGCUCACCCUCCUCCCCCAACACAUUCUCCAACAACCUCCUCAACAACCUCGGCAACCUAACCGGCACAAAACCCUACAUCCGCGUCGGAGGCAACACCCAAGACUACGCCCUCUACAACGCCACCCUCCUCUCCGCCCCCGUCAAUGGCUCCUACGACCCCUCCCGCUCCCCAGACUACCCGACCACAAUCUCCAUCGGGCCCUCCUUCUUCGACUCCUACGCCACCUUCCCAGACACAAAAUUCAUCCACGGCUUCAACCUCGGUCUCGGCGGGAACACCUCUCACCCUGAAGGCUGGCAGACGCUCCUUGAUACCGUGCCGCUGGCUUGUAAGGCGCUGGGUAGUGGUGGUGGUGGUGGCGAGGGGAAGUUGCUUUGGUGGGAGUAUGGGAAUGAACCGGAUUUGUACUCUACUUCUGCGCAGGGGCCGGUGAGGCCGUCUGGGUGGGAUGAGGGGACCUUUGUGGAGCAGUGGGUGAAUGGGACGAGAGCGAUCAGGGGACAGUUGGAGAGGUAUUGUCCGGAGAUGCUGGAGGGAGGUAGGUAUGGGUAUUUGGCGCCGAGUUUUGCGGGCACGAAUAAUAGGUUGAAGCCGGUGGUUGCAUGGAGGGAGGGGCUGAAUAGGGAUGGGGAUGUGAGGAUUUUUUCGUCGCAUAACUACAUCGGCGGCGCCACCCAACCCGGCAUAACCCUCCAAAACACCCUCCUCAACCACACCAAAACCCGCCUCUCCAUCUCCUCCCAAGUCGCCCUCCUCACCGACCUCACCACCACCAAUCCUCCCCUCCUCCCCAAAGACAUCCCCUUUAUCCUCGGCGAAACAAACUCCCUCUACAAUCAAGGCAAACCCGGCCUCUCCAACUCCUUCGGCGCCGCCCUCUGGAACCUAGAUUUCAAUCUCUACUGCGCAGCAGUCGGCAUCAGACGCGUGCAUAUGCACAUGGGCACGGAUUACCGGUAUGCGGCCUGGCAGCCUAUCAGCACCAAUAAGACGAGCAUCGGUACGAAACCGCCCUAUUAUGGACAGGUUGCUGCUGCGGCGGUGAUUGGGAGGGUAGGUAGUGGGAGUGAGAAUGGAACGAGGGGGGAGGUGAGGGUUGUGCAUUUGGAGUUGGAAGGGGAGUUGGAGGCGGCGUAUGCGGUGUUUGGAGGUGGCGGUGGGAGGUUGGAGAGGAUUGCGGUGGUUAAUAUGAGGGCGUAUAAUUAUACUGUUAAUGGGACUACGGCGAUACUUAAUCCGGAGAAGAGGCAGAGUAGGAUUUAUAGGUUUCAGGUCCCGGGGUAUUGUGGAAGCAGGGAGAAGGUGGAUGUUAAGCGCUUGUGGGCCAAUGGGAGUGAUGCUAUUACGGGUGUUACUUGGGAUGGGUGGAGUUAUAAUUGGGAGUUGGAUGAGGGGAAACCGGUGAGGUUGCGGAAUGUCACGGUUGGUGAGGCGGUGGAGGUGGUGGAGGAUGGGAGGGGAGAGGGAGUGGUGAGUGUGGAGGUGCCAGAUUCGAGCGCGGCUGUUUUGGAGUUUGGGGGGAAGUGAAUGGGUCAGAAGGGGGCGGUGUUCUCUGGCAGCUGUCCAGCACUUCGAUUUAUUGUGUAGCCAGUGAUACAAUAACCAUGACAUGGAAGAUCGCGCAGGUAUAUUUGAGGAAGCGGUAUUUAAUGCUUGAAAAUCAUUCAAAACGAGGAGUUGAUUAUUGUGUCACUGCCAAGCCGCUGUCCAAGUAAUUGGGCCUGCUGAAAAGACUGGGCCUCAUAGACCGUCGUAGUUUAACCUCCUACCGCACGAUGUUCCAUUUUCCAUCGUUCCCUAACCCCAACAGUCUACAUUCUCUGCUUCGACUUUGGGACGAAUGACCUUGUUUACAUUCUCGCUGACCCUCGCUUAACUGUCAACAUUUCUUGGCUAUCUACUGGGAAGAAAUUCUUCUCGAUACAAGUGGUGGCGACCUCAGUCUCGGUACCUGAAAAGACACGAGUCAACACUACGGACUGAAUCUUGAGUGAUGACGAUUUUGGGCUAUUUCCACGGCCACUCGGAUUUUCCUUUAGCUCCUCUCCGUUGACUGUUCAGUUGAACUUCCCC